AUGUCUCAGGAGAAGGAUAGAUGGAAGAAAGAGGUCUUGACUGAUGAACUCGAUGCCUUGAGGCUGCAGAAGCUGGAGCAGCAGUGGCGGUUGUUUGAAAAGAAGCAGCGACGGAAGCGCCAAGAGCUGUUUAUGGUUCAAGCCAAUCCUGAUUCUUCUUUAAGACUUCGGCGACACCGGCGGCGAGAGGAGCGCCUCUCUAGUGGAAACAGUCCCAGGACCCUCCUCCUCCAGGAGAACAUGUCUGAGGCCUAUGUGCACUCUGGUGCCUACAGUAGCACCAUCAGCACCAUGAGCUGCGGUGGAGACGCCAGCGGCGAGCACGGGGCCCUGGGAUCCCCGACUACAGCAGGGUCCAGUACUGAGGCCUGGAGCGAAUCCCAGUAUGGCACAGAAGGAGCAGAAUACAAGGAACCCAGCUUGGAAGAACUUCAAAUCGAUGACAACCUGACUUAUGGUUGCUUGAUGUCUGACCACGUGGGAGGAAAGAGCCAAUCCGGAUGGAGAGGGACGGAGGAGGACUCAGACAUCGAACUGAUUGCCGAGGACUCGGCCUGUGCAAUUGCUCACGAGGAAGUGCCCCAGUACCCCGAAGGCGAGGAUGGCACCGGUAGCGGAGACAUGGGGAACACGCUUCGCUUGCCACUUCGCGCCCCGGGGCCUCGGCUGGGCGAGGACAUGGAGGCGUAUGUGCUGCGGCCAGCUAUGCGGGGCCAUACGGUCCAGUGCCGCAUCAGCCGGGACAAGCGUGGCAUGGACAAGGGAAUGUUUCCCUUUUAUUACCUGUACCUAGAGGCAGCGGAUGGACGGAAGCACUUCCUUCUGGCUGGACGUAAACGUAAAAAGAGCAAAACCUCUAACUACCUCAUCUCUCUGGACCCCACAGACCUAUCUCGAGAUGGGGACAACUAUGUGGGCAAAGUCAGAUCCAAUAUCUUGGGCACCAAAUUCACCAUCUUUGACAAUGGGGUCAACCCUGAUCGGAAGAAUUUUGUCUCCCAGAAGUCCCGGAUCAGGGAGGAGCUGGGGGCUGUCUGCUAUGAGACCAACAUUUUGGGAUUCCGGGGACCUCGAAAAAUGACUAUCAUCAUCCCAGGAUUUGACGCCCAGAACCGGAGAAUCCGGAUCCAGCCACAAAAUGAACAAGAAUCUUUACUGAACCGCUACCAGCAUGGGGCCAGCCAAGGGCUGAUCCGACUGCAUAAUAAACCCCCAUCUUGGAGCGACGAGAGUGGAGCCUAUGUUCUCAAUUUCCAUGGUCGCGUCACUCAGGCCUCGGUCAAGAACUUCCAGAUCGUGCUUCCAGAAGGCUCGGACUACUUGGUUCUUCAGUUUGGCCGCGUGGCCACAGACACGUUCACCAUGGAUUUCCGUUUCCCGCUUUGCCCACUCCAAGCCUUUGCCAUCUGCUUGUCUAGCUUUGAUGGGAAGCUGGCGUGUGAGUAG